AGUAUUAUCAAUGCAGAUGGUUGAUCCGGAAGUGGGCAUUAUAUAUAGCGGUUGGAUGCCCGCUGGUUUUCCUGCUGCUGAGGUUCAAUGACAAGGCUCGAACUGCAGUGCAUUGCGGGGACGGGCAGGAUAAGAAGGUAUAAUAACCGGAUAGGACCGGGGAAGGAAGGAAAGGGACGGUGCCACUUGGAUUCAAAGACAUCGAACCUCGCCUUAAUUUAGAUUCAGAAUGGGGAAUAGAGACGACGAGUAUGAUUACUUGUUUAAAGUGGUGUUGAUAGGAGACUCCGGUGUGGGGAAGAGUAACCUGUUGUCUCGUUUCACCCGGAAUGAGUUUAACCUGGAGAGUAAGAGCACCAUCGGGGUGGAGUUUGCCACCCGCAGUAUCCAGGUGGAUGGGAAGACCGUGAAGGCUCAGAUCUGGGACACAGCUGGCCAGGAGAGAUACCGGGCUAUUACAUCAGCGUAUUACCGUGGGGCAGUGGGGGCCUUGUUGGUCUAUGACAUCGCCAAGCACCUGACCUAUGAAAACGUGGAGCGUUGGCUGAAGGAGCUGAGAGACCAUGCUGACAGCAACAUCGUCAUUAUGCUGGUUGGCAACAAGAGUGACCUGCGCCACCUCAGGGCCGUGCCCACCGACGAGGCACGGACAUUCGCAGAGAAGAACGGUUUGUCUUUCCUGGAGACCUCAGCCCUGGACUCUACUAACGUGGAGACAUCCUUCCAGACCAUUCUGACUGAAAUCUAUCGCAUCGUGUCUCAGAAACAGAUGUCGGACCGACGAGACAACGACAUGUCGCCUAGCAACAACGUGGUCAACAUCCAGGUGCAGCCGACGGAGAACAAACCAAAGAUGCAGUGUUGUCAGAGCAUCUAACAGCCUCACCAGUAGCACCUGAUCCCCUCCCCUCCCCUAAAAGACUGCUUGGUCCUGUCUGACUGAGACACAGCUGCAUGGCCAGGCUCUAGACUGAGACACAGCUGCAUGGCCAGGCUCUAGACUGAGACACAGCUGCAUGGCCAGGCUCUAGACUGAGACACAGCUGCAUGGCCAGGCUCUAGACUCUAUGCUUCCAUGUAGAGGGUGAGGCUGUGUCCAGAUUCUCCACCCUUCCUCCCAAAGUGUGGCACACUCCAUGUCAUGGAUUUAAAGGCAUUAGAUUAUAAUCAUUGGCUGAAGGGAGUUUAUUUUCACCAUUGUUAAAUGUAUGAUGGGAAGUGUUCAAGUGAACACUUUAAGAAAAGGGUGGAUAAUUAGGGUGCAGCUGUGAGCCCGCUGGUUCCUUACGGAUCCCCAGUCAGGACUAUACAGCUGUGUCUGAGCCCGCUGGUUCCUUACGGAUCCCCAGUCAGGACUAUACAGCUGUGUCUGAGCCCGCUGGUUCCUUACGGAUCCCCAGUCAGGACUAUACAGCUGUGUCUGAGCCCGCUGGUUCCUUAAGGAUCCCCAGUCAGGACUAUACAGCUGUGUCUGAGCCCGCUGGUUCCUUACGGAUCCCCAGUCAGGACUAUACAGCUGUGUCUGAGCCCGCUGGUUCCUUACGGAUCCCCAGUCAGGACUAUACAGCUGUGUCUGAGCCCGUUGGUUCCUUCAGGAUCCCCAGUCAGGACUAUACAGCUGUGUCUGAUCCUGUUGGUUCUAUACAUCUGUGUCUGAGCCCGCUGGUUCCUUAAGGAUCCCCAGUCAGGACUAUACAGCUGUGUCUGAGCCCGCUGGUUCCUUAAGGAUCCCCAGUCAGGACUAUACAGCUGUGUCUGAGCCCGCUGGUUCCUUAAGGAUCCCCAGUCAGGACUAUACAGCUGUGUCUGAGCCCGUUGGUUCUAUACAGCUGUGUCUGAGCCCGUUGGUUCCUUACGGAUCCACAGCUUUUUAUUUUUGCCGUCUUUUAUAUUAUUAUAUAGCUGUUUUAAUAACCAGACAGACGCUGGAAGAAUCUGCACAGAAAUGUAUUCAUAUAUGAUGGACUAGUUUUAUUGGUGAUAACGCAGACCUGCCAACAUGCAUUGUACCUACCAUAGGCUUCUAUUUGGCACAUUGUGGUUUUUGACUCAACCGGCUGAAGUUGGAGCUGAGCCAAUCAGAGGACUUGGCUGAGGAGAAAACAUCUCCAGCUCUCCUCCCCCCCUGUGUUCAUAGUAAUGUUUUCCUCACUCCAUCUUGAUAGCAGCUCUUCACUUUGUCUGUUCAUACCACUGAUGUGUGAGGGGGAAAAUGGAGAACCAACUGUUUGGCAAAUACAUUUUCCAUAAUUGUAAGUGUUAGUCAAGCUCAUAACCACUAUUUAGCAGUUAGCUCCUUAGCUAAGGCGUCAUUACGACUAAGGUAGUUAGCUACAGUGUUUAGUCAACUAAGCGAGAACAAUUUCUCUGCAAUGGUAGUAGGCACAAGCACCUUGACGAGCAACAUGUGCUGUGUUGCAGUAGUUCAAUGUUACUGAGUGUUAUGCUAGUUCAGCUCUGCGCUAGUUCAGCGCUGCGCUAGUUCAGCGCUGCGCUAGUUCAGCGCUGCGCUAGUUCAGCGCUGCGCUAGUUCAGUGCGCGUCACUGUGAGGAUGGAAACAUACAUGGCAGAGAGCUGUUCUGCUAAUACCAUCCUUCAUUGAAAGUUAUGUUAAAGUGUUAAAGAUUAGCAGGCCUAUGUUAUUGAAUCAUUUGUGGAUCUGUCCUCUUCAAAUACCUGGUGGAUGAGGUCAGGGCCGGUGGAUGAGGUCAGGGCCGGUGGAUGAGGUCAGGGAUAGGGAUCUGGAACCAGCUCUUAUAGGCCUAGCUCAAUUUUUGUCAUAUUCCAUAUAUCCUACAGUCAACUAGACUACUACAUUGCAUCCAUUAAUUUAAUUAUUUAGAAUUUUCUCCUCAAACAAAUUUAAGAAGAAGCUAAUUUGCAUUUUCACUAGACGAUCCACCUUCAUUACCCCUCAAUUUAACCUAGAAAAAAACCACCUCAAUUUCAUUUAGCAUCAAACACAAUACUUCUGUGUUUACUACAAUGUUUGAUUUAAUUUAUAGCUCUAGCCUGAGGGGAAAGUCGAUUGACCCAAUCUGGGCCUUCCCCUACACAACCUUAGUCCUACAUCCGCACCACCUUGGCAGAAAAUCCCAGGGAGAGCCCUGAUUGUACAUCUGACCGUAUUUCUAGUUAGCUACUGAAGACCAGCCAAUUACCAAGUACCCAUAGCAGUCUAUAGACUACCAUGCCUACUGAGGCAGUCUUCUACCAACAUCAUUUGGAUAAAAAAGGUGCCUAUGACUUGAGCAGUGUGGGUGUCGUUGCGCUGAAUUGGUACUCGUAAAACUUAUUCAAGGAUAAUGUGAGGAUUGUUUUUGUUCAUUUGAAAAUGAACCUGGUUAAAGGAGUGCACUGUGAAGGGAAUAGGGGGCCAUGUGGGACUCAGGCAGUGGGGAGCCUGGUGAUGCUACUGUAUAGAUGAUGGCUUCUCUCUUGUAGUAAUGCUAAUGAUAGGCUAGGGAUCAGUGGUAGUAAUGCUAAUGAUCAGUGGUAGUAAUGCUGUAAUGCUAAUGAUAGGCUAGGGAUCAGUGGUAGUAAUGCUGUAAUGCUAAUGAUAGGCUAGGGAUCAGUGGUAGUAAUGCUAUAAUGCUAAUGAUAGGCCAGGGAUCAGUGGUUGUAAUGCUAAUGAUAGGCCAGGGAUCAGUGGUAGUAAUGCUAUAAUGUGAAUGAUGAUAGGCCAGGGAUCAGUGGUAGUAAUUCUAUAAUGCUAAUGAUAGGCUAGGGAUCAGUGGUAGUAAUGCUAAUGAUAGGCUAGGGAUCAGUGGUAGUAAUGCUGUAAUGCUAAUGAUAGGCUAGGGAUCAGUGGUAGUAAUGCUAAUGAUGAUAGGCUAGGGAUCAGUGGUAGUAAUGCUAAUGAUGAUAGGCUAGGGAUCAGUGGUAGUAAUGCUAAUGAUAGGCUAGGGAUCAGUGGUAGUAAUGCUGUAAUGCUAAUGAUAGGCUAGGGAUCAGUGGUAGUAAUGCUGUAAUGCUAAUGAUAGGCUAGGGAUCAGUGGUAGUAAUGCUAAUGAUAGGCUAGGGAUCAGUGGUAGUAAUGCUAAUGAUGAUAGGCUAGGGAUCAGUGGUAGUAAUGCUAAUGAUAGGCUAGGGAUCAGUGGUAGUAAUGCU